AACUCAAAAGCCCUUUUGUUUCUCCUCUCCUUUUGGUCGCUGGAGCAAUCUCUCCAAUGGCGGGUCUCAACGCCCCUCUGAGGGCGGCCGCCUUCUCCUCCGCCGCCGCCCAACCGAGCUUCUCCUCUCGGAUCAUCCUCCUCCUCACCGCGCUCCCCCUCGCCCUCGCCUGCUUGGCCUUCGUCCUCCAAUGGCGCGGGGGGCUCCACGACCCCGCCUCCCGCUGGCCCACCGACACACAGAUGUUCCCCGGCAUGGAGAACAGCCCCCUAGGCUCCUCUUCAUCCUCCUCCUCCUCCCUCCGCUCCUCUUCCUCCUCCUCCGAUUGCACCGAGAUCCUCGGCAGGAGCUCCUCCCCCUCCUUCCCCUUCUACCGCGGCUGGAACUUCGAUUUCGACCCCGAUCCGCGACCCAAGAUAUGUAUCACAACGAGCACUUCAGCUGGUUUGGAGCAAAUUCUGCCAUGGUUGUACUAUCACAAAGUCAUCGGAGUUACAACCUUCUUUCUGUUUGUUGAAGGGCAGGCUGCAAAACCUAAUGUUUCGGCAGUCCUUGAAUCCAUUCCUGGGGUCAAAAUCAUCUAUAGAACUAGUGAACUCGAGGAGAAGCAAGCUAAAAGCCGUAUCUGGAAUGAGACUUGGUUGUCAGGCUUCUUUUACAAACCAUGCAAUUAUGAACUAUUUGUGAAACAGUCGUUGAAUAUGGAGAUGGCCAUUGUUUUGGCACGGGACAUCGGUAUGGACUGGAUCAUUCAUCUUGACACUGAUGAGUUAAUACAUCCAGCUGGUGCUCGAGAGUACUCUUUAAGGCAGUUGCUGUCAGAUGUACCUGGCAAUGUUGAUAUGGUUAUCUUUCCAAAUUAUGAAAGUAGCAUAGAACGAGUUGAUAUUAAAGAUCCAUUUACUGAGAUUUCUAUGUUUAAGAAGAAUUAUGAUCAUCUUCCCAAGGAAACAUAUUUUGGCUUAUACAAGGAAGCAACACGUGGUAAUCCAAACUACUUUCUUACUUACGGAAAUGGGAAAUCUGCUGCACGUAUUCAAGAAUAUCUUCGCCCUAAUGGUGCACAUAGAUGGCACAAUUAUAUGAAGACCCCAAAUGAGAUCAAAUUGGAAGAGGCUGCAAUUCUGCAUUACACAUAUACCAAAUUUUCAGACUUGACAUCAAGGCGUGAUAGAUGUGGCUGUAAACCAACAAAGGAUGAUGUCAAGAGAUGCUUUAUGCUGGAGUUUGAUAGAGACGCUUUCAUUAUUGCAUCAACUGCCACCGAGGAAGAAAUGCUAAGAUGGUUUCGUGAACGCGUGGUAUGGACUGACAAACAACUCAAUUUGAAACUCCUCAGGAAGGGUAUCUUGACCCGAAUAUAUACGCCCAUGGCCAUUAUACAAGCUUUGAAGGAGUCUGGUGUUUUCACCUCGGCAGUUGUAUCUGCAAAAACAAUCACCCGGGAGAAAUUUUUGUCUUCUGUGGAGAGUCUUCAGAACAAAAAUUCUUCUGCAGUUCCUAAUUUGAGGGCUGGUGUAAACCAAUCAAUUACCGCCAGCACCUUGAGAGGAAGCAGUGACGGUAAAUCUCAAGCAACUGCAAGGAGAAUAUUGGAGAUGAGCAGUGUCCACAAGAAAGCAAUUCCACCAAUGUCGCCCCCUAACUUGGCUGAUCUCCACAUGGAGACAUUGUGAGCCCUCCUCUACCAAGUCUUUGAAACAUAUUACGGGCUAUUCAAGACAGAUCUAGAAGCAUACAAUAUAUCACGAGGCUGACCCUGAUUAGAAUCACCCAGGUACUGAGUUAAAGUUGCACACGAUUGAUUGAGAUGGAGUCAGAUUGCCAGCCUGUGACUCCUGGAAAUUUGGUUGCUGUAUCUGAUUGCAUUGUGACAUGAAUUGUAUCUUCCUGUUUAAACAUAUUUUGUAUAGCCAUUAUACGAUCCAUUAUCUUCUGUUGGUGAAAGGCAGAGGUCUCAUUUUUUUCCGAUAA